AUGUUGGCACUUUUGCGGCGAGAGCAAGAGCUGGCUGAGAAAGAAGCUAGGAUUGCAGAGCGCGAGCACGAUGUGAUGGAGGCCGAGUCCCGCAACAUGCGCGAGUUGGCAGCCAGAAGGCGGCAGGCCGAGAUGAGGGAGCUGAGGGUUGCUGAUUUGGAGAGCCGGCUGGCGGAAGCUCAGGCCACUCGGCCCGAUGCAGGCGUGACCCGGUUACUGCCGCGAGAUGCAGACAUCAGCCGGCCCAGCCUGGGCCGGCCCAGCGUCGGCCGGCCCAGCGUCGGCCGGCCCAGCAUUGGCUGGCCCAGUUCGGAUAGUGGGCCCCGCGCCAGCCUGGCCGAACCGUCUUUGCAGCCUUGCGAGCUGAAAAUGGAAGCGCCGGUGCAAGAGGUGCAGGCCAGUGUGGAGUUCCAAGACGCUCACGGGGGUACGGUGACCUUCAAGCUCAACGGGCGAGGCGGGGUGGACUUCUACGUGGAUGGGAAAGAGGAGCUUUGUGACGUGGACUGCUUCGCGCGGGGCCGGAUCCUUCAUGUGGCAGGCACCACGGGCACCUGGAGCCCGGCGAAGCAGGCCAUCGUGCCAGAGGGUCAGGAGGAGCUCUUGCAGCGGGUGCUGGCGCUCUUCCACCAGAAGAGCCCGAGCGCGAGCCGCGAGGAGCCGAGGGCAAGACUCGACACGGAGAAGCUGGAGAAGUCCACUGAAGCACGGUCGACGCCGAGCGAGACCUCCCUGGUGGGCCCGGGGGAGGAGCUCACACUGAUGGAAGGCGCAGAGAUCGAAGCCAGCCAGGCAGAGGCCGCGGUGGAAAAGGCCGGCGACAAGGUGGUGCGCUUCGAUCGGUCUGCGCCCUUGGCACCUCCGGUGUCCUGGGAAAGGCCCUCGCCAGAUGAAUCCAAUGAGGAGAGCAGCCGUCCCCGACUCACAGCGCGGAAGCGCGUGCAAGAGGCUCAGCCUGAGCCGGACACGAAGUGGUACUCUGCACUUCGUCGUCUCACCCGCUGCGGCUGA